UUUGCCAGUCGCGGCCAGGUGGAGGCGGCGGCGGAAGUGAACGGAACGGUUUCUGCGGCGGGUGAGGCCCUGGGCGGGUUGGAAAUGAGGGGUCUCAGUAGAGUCCCGAGUGCAGCCAUCAUCUGUUCUCAGGCCAUGGGCUCGGGCUGACGUACCUGGCGUGGGCGUAUUGGGCCGCCGGAGUUUCCGUCUCUUCCGGAUUCUCGAGGACCUUUAUAGAGUCCUUAUGGGGCGGCUUAAAGCCCCUGGGCUGGCAAGAGAACUGGGAUACGGUUCUGUUGGGUGACCUCCACGGGGACCUGGAUUAUACUACUUGGCGCCUCCUCUCAGCGACAGAGACUCGAACCGCAAUCAUAACGGAGCUCGAAGCAUCGCACCCCUAGCUGGGCCACGUUUCUUGGAUUCAGGGAACUGCUUAUGGGCUCGCUUUUCCCAGUCACUGUGUUGAGUAGUUGGAAACCGGUCCAUUCACCACGUUAGCCAGAGUGGCCCUGUAAAAGCGUACAUCUGACGUGGACAUUUUUGUGCUUAAAACUCUUGAGUGGCUCCCAGUGCAUGUAGAACAAAAUCCAAACAUCUUUCCGAAGCCAGCUUGGCACAGUGUGAUUUGCAGAAGCCCACCGGUUGCCACAGUUUGAGAGCCGCUCGAUGAGAGGAUGGAUACACUGAGAUUUUAGAAGUCGAGUUUCACUGAAGGAUAAACUGACUACUUUGAACCAGACUACUGACUGCCUGAGUCUUUAAAGAAAAGAUAUUCCCCGUCUUCAUUUAUUCUGACGAUUAGACCUGUCCACAAGAAGUGAGCUGGCAAGGCUGCUUUUCUGUGCUAAAACCAAGGAGCUGAUUGGCACCAUGAAAGUCUUCUGCGGGCGGGCCAAUCCGACCACGGGAUCUGUGGAGUGGCUGGAGGAGGAUGAGCACUAUGAUUACCACCAGGAGAUUGCAAGAUCAUCCUAUGCUGAUAUGCUGCAUGACAAAGACAGAAAUAUAAAAUAUUACCAAGGUAUCCGGGCUGCUGUGAGCAGGGUGAAGGACAGAGGACAGAAGGCCUUGGUUCUUGACAUUGGCACUGGCACAGGACUCUUGUCAAUGAUGGCAGUCACGGCAGGGGCUGACUUCUGCUAUGCCAUUGAGGUUUUCAAGCCCAUGGCUGAUGCUGCUGUGAAGAUUGUGGAGAAAAAUGGCUUCACUGAUAAAAUUAAGAUUAUCAACAAGCAUUCCACUGAGGUGACCAUAGGGCCAGAUGGUGACAUGCCAUGUCGUGCCAAUAUCCUGAUCACAGAGCUGUUUGACACGGAAUUGAUUGGAGAGGGAGCACUGCCCUCCUAUGAGCACGCGCACAGGCAUCUUGUGCAGGAAAACUGUGAAGCGGUACCUCACAGAGCAACUGUCUAUGCACAGCUGGUGGAGUCCCGGAGGAUGUGGUCGUGGAAUAAGCUCUUUCCUGUCCGCGUUCAGACCAGCUGUGGAGAGCAGGUCAUCGUCCCCCCCUUGGAACUGGAGAGGUGCCCUGGUGCUCCCUCUGUCUAUGACAUUCAGCUGAACCAGGUGUCGCCCACUGACUUCACUGCCCUCAGUGAUGUGAUGCCUAUGUUCAGUGUGGACUUUAGCAAGCAAGUCAGUAGCUCAGCAGCCUGCCACAGCCGGCAGUUUGAACCUCUGGCAUCUGGCCGAGCUCAGGUGGUUCUCUCCUGGUGGGACAUUGAAAUGGACCCUGAGGGGAAGAUCAAGUGCACCAUGGCCCCCUUCUGGGCACACUCAGACCCAGAGGACCUCCAGUGGCGGGACCACUGGAUGCAGUGUGUGUACUUCCUGCCACAAGAAGAGCCCAUUGUCCAAGGUUCAAGCCUCUGCCUGGUCGCCCACCACGAUGACUAUUGUGUAUGGUACAGCCUCCAGAAGACCAGCCCUGAAAAAAAUGGGAGAGUCUACCCAUCACGCCCCGUGUGCGACUGCCAAGCUCACCUGCUCUGGAACCGGCCUCGGUUUGGAGAGAUCAAUGAUCAGGACAGAACUGACCAAUACGUCCAGGCCCUGAGGACGGUGCUGAAGCCGGCCAGCGUGUGCCUGUGUGUCAGUGACGGCAGUCUGCUCUCCUUGCUGGCCCAUCACCUUGGGGCAGAGCAGGUAUUUACAGUAGAGAACUCAGCAGCUUCACACAGACUGAUGAGAAAAAUUUUCAAGGCUAACCACUUGGAAGAUAAAAUUAAUAUAAUAGAGAAACGGCCUGAAUUGGUAACGUCUGCAGACUUGAAGGGUAAAAAGGUCUCUCUCCUGCUGGGGGAGCCGUUCUUCACCACCAGCCUACUGCCAUGGCACAACCUGUACUUCUGGUACGUGCGGACCGCUGUGGACCAGCAGCUGGGGCCCGGUGCUGUGGUGAUGCCCCAGGCUGCCUCACUGCACGCCGUGGUCGUGGAGUUCAGGGACCUGUGGCGGAUCCGGAGUCCCUGUGGUGACUGCGAAGGCUUUGAUGUGCACAUCAUGGAUGACAUGAUUAAGCGUGCCCUGGACUUCAGGGAGAGCAAGGAGGCUGAGCCCCACCCACUGUGGGAAUACCCAUGUCGCCGCUUGUCCGAGCCCCAGCAGAUCAUGACCUUUGAUUUUCGGCACCCGGUCCCCCUGCACCCGGUCCGUGCUGAGGGCUCCAUUGAGCUGAGGAGGCCUGGGAGGAGCCAUGGGGCCGUCCUGUGGAUGGAAUACCACCUGACCCCUGACAGCACCAUCAGCACCGGCCUCCUGGAGUCUGCAGAGGACAAGGAGGACUGUUGCUGGAACCCGCACUGCAAGCAGGCUGUGUACUUCUUCACCAGCCCGGACUGCAGAGCUCCGCGGGGCGGCCCUCGGACCGUCAGCUACACCGUGGAGUUCCACCCCCGCACUGGGGACGUCACCAUGGAUUUCACGCUGUCAGACACCCGGAAGGACGGGUGCUGA